AUGUUUUGGAGAUUCGGUUUAAACCAUUCUGCAAUCGAUGGACUUUUGGAUAAAGAAGACUUAACAUUGGAAGAACUAUUAGACGUCGAAGAUUUGCUGCAAGAAUGCAAAGCACAUAAUAGCAAAUUGAUUGAAUAUCUUCGAAAUCCAUCGAUUCUUUCUCAACUACUUGGUUACAUAAUUCGUGAAGAUUUGGAAGAUAGACAAAAAUACAAAUACCCAUAUAUUGCAUGUGAAAUUCUUUCAUGUGAGAUUUGGCCAAUUUAUGAAGCGAUUAUUGAAAACAUGGAUUUACUUGUUUCUUUUUGGCAACUUUUGGAUCGUCCCCCUCCACUUAAUCCUUUGCAAUCAAGCUAUUUUUCAAAAGUUAAUACUGUACUUUUACAAAAAAAAAUGAACGAGAUGGUUAAAUUCAUUCAAUCAAUUCCCAAUGUUAAUCAAAAAUUUUUAACUCAUAUGGAAACUUCAACAAUAACGGAUUUAUUACUUAAAUUAAUUAGUGUGGAUGAGUACCCAGAAGGUGCUGGGGUUAUUGAUUGGUUAGAUUCCGAAGGAUUAAUUGAGGCAUUAGUUUCUAAGUUAGAUCCUUACCUUGAUUCUGAUAUCCAUUCCACAGCUGCUCAAGUUAUAAAUGACGUCAUUGGUAUUUCUCAAUCAAUUAAUACUGAACAAGGGGGGGUUGGUCCAAAUGCUUUAAGUAGAAAACUUAUAAGUGAAAAGACAGUGACUAGAAUUAUCGAUUAUAUGCUUGAUCCUGAGGCACCGAAUUCAACUUCAACAUUAACAAACGGAGUUAGUAUUUUUAUUCAAAUUAUUCAAAAGAAUAAUAGUGAUUAUAAUGAAGAAGCCAUGUUAUCUUUAUCCCCACAUCAAUCACAUCCAGUAGUAGAUUUAAGUGAUAUGUUACGCGUAUUGGCUAAUCGUAUUGGAGAAUUUAAAGCAUUAUUAUUAAAUCCCAAAUCUGUGACCAGUCAAAUUGACACAACGAUAGGUAAAAUGGUGCCACUUGGGUUUGAAAGAUUCAGAAUUUGUGAACUUUUUGCGGAAUUAUUACAUUGCUCAAACAUGAGUUCACUUAAUGUCGUUCGAUAUGACUCAUCAUCUAACGGGUUUUAUGAGUUAAAGCAUACUGAAGAUUAUAAUGAUUAUGGUCAACCAUCUGAAGUUGAUGGUUCGGAACAUUUUCAAACAACAGAUACUGAACCACAAACUUCGAAGGAUAUACAAUUGGAUCAAUCAAGUAAUUCUGCUACCGCUACUUCUCCUAUACCCAUGGAAACUGAACCAAUAAAACCUCCACCAGGAUUAGAACUUGUCUCACAACCAAACAGAUCAAGUAGUCCGUCACCUCCAGAACUACCAGUUGGUGAUUUGCUCAAACUCAAAUUUAUAGAACAUAAAAUCAUUCCUACAUGCUUGGUGUUUGUUGACGGAGAAAUCACUAAACGGGUUACCAAAGCACAAAGGCUUAAUGAUUAUGAAGUCGAACAACCAAAGGGAGUAAGGUUAGGCUAUAUGGGUCAUUUAACUGUUAUAGCAGAAGAGAUUGUGAAAUUAAUGGAUCGAUUUGCAGUAGAGAUUGGAGAAAAAGUGAGAGAAUAUAUUGAAGCCGAGGAUUGGCAGGAAUAUGUAUCUAAAACGUUACGUGAAACAAGAGAGCGAGAUCGUGCUCCACUAGGUGGACAAAGACCAACUAAUCAUGAUAGUAUGUCACCAAGUCGUGAAGGAAGUGAAGACGACGAAGAUGAAGACGAUGCUAUUGAAGCAGUUGCAGAUGGAGAUAUGGCCGAUGAUCAGUUUGCAAGGUAUCUUUGUCAGCAAAUUACCAAUGAUUUACCAGAUAAAUUUGGUUCCUCGGAUGAAAGCGAUGAAGAAGAUGAACCAUGGAUGAACGAGGAUUUUGAUAAGGACACUGAUUUCGAGAUGCAAACACCACCAGCAAAUAUGAUCGAAGAGAAUGAUAUUUUUGAAAACAGGCAAUCGGAAUUUGUUGGUGAAAAUUAUGAAGAG